AUGAAGAUCUGCAUGGCAACCAUUCUUUCAAUCGCCCUCAUUAUGGAUAACUCUGUCAAGCCUCGAGCUUCCGUUACUGGGCCGGCUUCCUCGGACGGGGAUUGUCCUGCGUAUGAUGAGGUGUGUCAAAUGUGUUUCCAGGGACCGGCUGGAAUACCCGGAAUUCCAGGUGCGGUUGGAAUACCCGGAAUUCCAGGUGCGCCGGGCUGUCCGGGGUCAAGGGGCAAUGUAGGUCCAAAAGGUGAGAUUGGAGGGAUUGGCCAUAAAGGAGACGAUGGGAUAGGCCUUCCCGGCAAGAUAGGUCCACCAGGUUCAGCCGGAUCGACUGGGGAAACUGGUGUCAAAGGUCAAAAGGGUGAGCCGGGGGUGUCACCGGACGACUCUAACCAGCAGGUAGCUUUCACCGUGGUGAGGACGAGCCCUUCGGAUACCUCUACGACUCCAGACGCCCGUUUGCCCUUCCAGGCGACCAAGACGCUUUUGUCGGGUACCAGCUUCGAUCUAGAUACCGGCACAUUCACGUGUAGUGUCCCGGGCAGCUACGUGUUUAUGUUUUCUGUGCUGAAACAUGAUUCCAGCGGCGGCAUGUGGAUUCAUCUGAGGAAGAACGACGACUGGGUUGUCUCUGGCCAUAGCGGUGAUCCGAAUUAUGCGGAGCAAGUGUCUGGGAGCGCGGUGCUGGCUCUGCAGCGAGAAGACACGGUGUAUCUUACCUUUACCGGAAAGGCGGGUAGUUUUUCUAUGCACUACUACACCUCAUUCAGUGGCUUCCUCCUUUACCCCGAAUAG